AAUACAUAUCAAUGUCCUCAAAAGCAAGAAGUGUAUGAAUGUAAUUGACAAGGGACGAGUUUGUCAUUUCACUCAUCUUUGGGGCUGUUUUGUACAUUUUGAGCGGAUACAUAGGCGCAGUGAGGCUGGUGCUCGAACACAGUGAUCGGCUAUGGGAACCCUAGGACGAGCAGCUUACACUGUCGGCUUCUGGAUCCGGGAAACCGGCCAAGCCAUGGAUCGGCUCGGUUCACGCCUCCAGGGCAACAACUUCUUCAAAGAACAACUUUCCAGGCAUCGGACGCUUAUGAAUGUAUAUGAUAAAGCCCCUGCGGUAGCUAAGGAUGCAUUUGUGGCCCCAAGUGCUUCUAUCAUUGGUGAUGUCAAAGUAGGGGCGGGAUCGUCUAUUUGGUAUGGAUGUGUUAUGAGAGGUGAUGUGAACAGCAUUAGUAUCGGAUCUGGCACUAACAUACAAGAUCACUCACUUGUGCAUGUUGCAAAAUCUAAUCUACCUGGAAAGGUGCAUCCCACUGUGAUCGGUGACAAUGUGACUGUCGGUCAUAGUGCUAUUUUACAUGGAUGCACUGUUGAGGAUGAAGCAUUUAUCGGUAUGAAAGCGACACUUCUAGAUGGAGUCGUUGUAGAGAAACACGCCAUGGUUGCUGCAGGAGCCCUCGUUAGACAGGAUACUAGAAUCCCUUCGGGCGAGGUAUGGGGAGGUAAUCCUGCCAAGUUCUUGAGAAAGCUAACCGACAAGGAGAUUGCAUUCUUUGCUGAGUCAGCUGCUAAUUACAAGAGCCUUGCCGAGGUUCACGCCACGAAGAAUGCAGAGCCGCUUGAGGAUACUGAGUUUCUAAAAGUGAUACAAAAGAAGCCCAAACCUCUGAUUCAGUAAUCGUUGGCCAUUUUUCUCGUGAAUAAGUCUGUCACGAAAGUACUUUUUUUGUUCCUCCUCGUGAGUUUGAUGUUGACGAACAUAUGCUUAUUUUAAGCAGGUUGUUGAUGGAUAUUGGAUUGGCAGUCUUUCUUUCUUGUUUACAAAUAAUACUUGAAACUUAUUAGAGUCAGAGUUGCUGCAGUUAGACCCAAUGUACCGUUUGUUUAAUUGUUCUUACAAAUGGAUCGGAUAUUUUUUGUUCU